AUGAAGACUGCUGUACUGGUGAAUCCUGAAAGGUAAAUUAUAGGAUACAAAAAUGUCCAGAGAACAGCUGAUGCCAGAACCCAAGAGUCUGAUUGAAAAUGAUGAAAAUCACAAGCUAACAAUCAAUGAAGAAUCGUUGCAGAUACUUACCAACAUGAAAGAGCCUGUGGUCGUUGUGGCAAUAGUAGGGAAAUACCGAACUGGAAAAUCAUAUCUUAUGAAUAAUCUAGCAGGUUACAAAAAAGGAUUUUCUCUUGGAUCUACCAUCCAAUCUAAGACUAAAGGGAUCUGGAUGUGGUGUGUUCCUCACCCAACCAAACCAGGACAUAAUUUGGUUCUACUGGAUACAGAGGGUCUGGGGGAUGUGGAGAAGGGAGACAGUAAGAAUGAUGCCUGGAUCUUCUGUCUGGCUGUCCUAUUGAGCAGUAACUUUGUGUUUAAUAGUGUCGGCACUAUAGACCAGCAAGCAAUGGAACAGCUACAAUAUGUGUCUGAAUUAACAAAACGUAUUCGCGCAAAAUCUUCACAGAUGAAAGAUGCGGAUGAAUCUACUGCAUUUAAAAGGGUUUUUCCAUCCUUUACAUGGUGCAUCCGAGAUUUCAGUCUGGAACUGGAAUUUGAUGGAAAGCAAAUAACUGAAGAUGAAUAUCUAAUGAUCUCCUUGAAGUGCAAACCAGAAAAUUCUGAUGACGACAUUAAAAAUAAACAAGCUAAGGAAUUCAACUUACCAAGAGUGUGUCUCAUGAAGUACUUUCACUCACAUAAAUGCUUUGUGUUUGAACGACCUGCUAACUCCAAAAAGCUUAAAUGUCUGGAAGAUCUGGAGGAUGGUGACUUGGAUGAGGACUUUGUGAAACAGACUAAAGAGUUCAGUAAUUACGUGUUUAAGAAUGGCAGUGUUAAAACCCUUUCAGAUGGAGUUGUGGUUACUGGAAGAAUGUUAGGAAACCUUGCUGUCUCCUAUUUGAAAGCCAUACAGAGCGGGUCUGUACCAUGCAUGGAGAAUGCAGUGCUCGCUCUGGCAGAGAUUGAGAAUGCAGGAGCUGUGAAUGAUGCCAUAACCAAGUAUGAAGCAGAGAUGAACGAGCAUGUGAAAACAUUCCCAACAGAUACACAGAAAGAGUUCUUUUGUUUCCAUGAGGAGUGUGAGAAAAAUGCUCUGGGAGUAUUUAUGGAGCGAAGAUUCAACGACAAAGAUCAAAGACACCAACGUAAGCUUAAGGAGAAACUAGACAAUGCAAAGGAGCAUUUCUCCCGGAUGAACGAGAAAUCAUCAGAAGAUUUUUGUAAGGACCUGCUUAAGACGCUGGGUAGGACUCUGGAGAACAAUAUAUCUGCAAGUAGCUAUUCCAUGCCAGGGGGACACAAACUGUUUUUGGAAGAAAAACUCAGGAUCAUGGAGGCAUAUAAUACAGCACCUGGCAAAGGCUUAAAGGCUCUUGAGGUACAGCAAGGGUUUCUCAUUGGGUUAAAAGAGGUUGAAACUGCGAUCUUGAGUGCAGAUAAUUUACUGACAGAUAAAGAAAAGGAGAUUGCAGCAAAGCAAGCCGAGAAGGAGGCAGCUGAGAAGGAGAAACAAAUUGUGGAAGAGAACGCUAGGAAGUUGGUGGAAAGUCUGGAAGAGCAGAGGAAAAGUCAUGAGCAGCACAUAGCAAAGCUGAUGGAAAAAAUGGAAGAAGAGCGUAAAAAGAUGAAGGAAGAAAAUGAUAGGCUGAUAGCAAUGAAAAAUGAGGAAAUUCAAAAUUUAAAGAUGAUCGGAUACGGAAAAAGAAUUGAGGAACUUCAAAGGGAAGUGAUGUUACUAAAGCAGCGAAAGCCUACAAGCUGUGUUAUUAACUAG